GUAAUUUCCGUAUAUUAUAGACAGGACAUUUUUACUUAAGAAUUAAGGCGCCCUGGCCUCAUUACUAUGCCAUGGACCACCACCAAUCUAAAAUAGAUAAUGCCGUGAGGAGCCUGUCACCAACCCAGAAUAUAUAAGUCCCGUAAAGAACUCGCUUUCUUUCCUUCCAACAAACUCCCAAGAAACACUUCUCAAAAUGACAGUAUCAGCCCUCCUCCUCAUAACCCGCAAGCCGGCCCUCACCCCCUCCGAAUUCAAAGCCCACUACGAAACCGUCCAUGUCCCACUCAUAAAACAACUCGCGGGCGAUGACUGGCCGCUAUCCCAUAAACGAACGUACAUCGCAAGACCCGAACCCGGUGCCGAUAAUAACUACCCCGCUGCCGUUCUUGUGGGGUCUCAGGAGGAUUUUCAUUAUGACUGCAUUACGCAGGUGACCUUUGCGGAUGAGGCGGGGCUGAAGACGUUCUUUGCGAGGAGGAUGGAGCCCGGCACCAAGGAGAUUGUUGAUGCGGACGAGGAGAAGUUUUUGGUGGCGGAGAAGGUUAGGGUUGUGCUUUUGGGGGGAGAGGAGGAGACUAAGUGAUUGGAGGGUUUACGGUUUAACUAGCAAUAGAUGGUUAUAGAGAAACGGUUUGCCCAGAUUCGUCUUGUAUAAAUCCGUCUUCAUAGAAUUAUAGAUCAAUCUUAAUCGCUCUAGCCAAUAUCUAAAUAGCAGUCAAGAACAAUGUCCGGUCUCUUAAACUCCCGUCAU